GUGGCAGGCACAACACUAGUUUCUCAUUCGUCGCCCUUAUUAACAUCAACACCACCAACAUCAUCAGCCUUGUUGAAACCCUCUUCAGAGCCCUCGAGUUCUUCCUGUCCGAUUCUCUUUAUCCCCACCCAAACUUCAACCAAUGCUGUCAGACCAAAACCCAGACAUACCAGCCCUGUGUCUGCAGUUCGGGGCCGACCGACACCUGUUACCUUACCGAUUGAGGAGCCUACAAUAGCAUCACGUCUAGGGUCAACUAAACCUCAGGACAGUAGUCAUUCUGAACUUAAACAGACUGGCCAGAUUGUCGCACAUCUUAAUAUUUCAAUCAAUACUUCCACUGUCGGAAACGGAUGUAAUUUUGAAGAUCUAAAGCAAGUCGACUAUCAGAGCCCACAGCCUGCACGCAUAGCUUAUAGUGACUAUAGGAAUGAUGAUUGUUCUCCAAAGAAUAUUAGUGCUGACUCAUCUGGCAGGACAGUGCCAAUCCACUCAAGUUCCGAGCUUUCUAAUUCCUUCAUAAAUUUAGGGCUUAGUGGGUUGCCAGGAGAAAAAGAGCGAAUUGAGCCAGCAUUUGUCGCAACAGGACAUGGUAAAGAGAAGAAUAGAAGACAGACGCAGUUGGCACAAGCAGGCGGUACUGGAGAGGAAGAUGAGGACAUUGAUAUCGAGGGGAAUGGAGAUGAGCUCCAACCAAUUUUGUUUCAGGGCAUCCUUAAGUCAAGGGUUAGGACAUCGCUAUCUGAAAGCUAA